GAGCAUAGAGACAUUGAUAGUGGAACAGGCAGCGACGAGAGAGAGGCUGAGGAAGAACCCGAAAUUAUUCUCAAGCUCCCGUCCCACCCAACAACUCACCCACCCACCAAUCUUCUUUAAUCACACCUCUCUCUCUCUCUCUCUCUCUCUCCAGCGCGAAAGAAUCCAGCACCACCAGGCGCCAACCAGCCGCCAGCGGGCGACAACUGGAACACUCCAUGAGGUGAGCGUCGCUGCCUGGCCAUGGCGAUCCCUAACGGCGGCGAGCUCGGGAGCGACAGGGACGACGGCAAGGGCUGGGGGCUCUGCCACCUGCCUUUCUUCGGCGGCGCUGGUGGAGGCGGAGGCGGCGACGGCGGCGGCGGCCGCGGCGGGGGAGUGGUCGGUGGGUCCUCCUCGUCCAACUCGUCGGCCACGCUUAGCUUGACGCAGAACCGGCACCCUCGCUCGUCGGGUGGGGGGCAGGCGGAAGGCGGACCGAGGCGGAACCCUGGCGGCGCGAGCUCGGUCUCCGCGGUGGUCAGGUCGCUGCUUCCCGCCAGGCGCCGCCUGCGGCUCGAUCCGGCCUCCAAGCUCUAUUUCCCUUAUGAACCUGGAAAGCAGGUCAGAAGUGCAGUGAGGAUAAAGAACACUGGCAAAUCAUAUGUGGCAUUUAAGUUUCAAACAACCGCGCCAAAGAGCUGUUUCAUGCGUCCUCCUGGUGGUAUUCUCUCCCCGGGCGAAAGUAUCAUAGCUACUGUUUUUAAGUUUGUUGAACAGCCAGAGAACAAUGAGAAGCCAAUGGAUCAAAAGAGCAAAGUGAAGUUUAAGAUUGUCAGUUUGAAAGUUAAUGGCCCAAUGGAAUAUGUUCCGGAGCUAUUUGAUGAACAGAAGGAUCAAGUUUCUGUAGAGCGAAUUCUCCAUGUUGUUUUUUUGGACCCUGAACGCCCUUGCCCUCAAUUGGAUAAGCUGAGGAGGCAACUUGCUGAGGCUGAAGCAGCGGUAGAGGCACGCAAGAGGCCUCCUGAAGACACGGGCCCCCGCAUUGUUGGUGAAGGACUGGUCAUCGAUGAAUGGAAAGAAAGAAGAGAAAGAUAUCUUGCUCGGCAGCAGGUUGAAGGGGGGGUCAAUUCGGUGUAAAUUUAUGGUUUUCCUUUUCUGUUGCAGCGCCGGACAGUGAUGAAUUUACCUGAAUUCAAUUGGCAGGAAUAGUGUACUUAUGAUGCUAUGAACCUCUGGAAGUGUUUGUUGUGUUUGACUGUAUCCUUGUACAUAGUGGUACUUUUUUCUUGUCAAGAAAUAAACUAUUUUUGAGUGGGAAGGUCAAAAAAGUUUGCAUUUCUAUUUCUGUGUGUACGUAAGACUCCAUUCUUUAGCAGAACUUCAUCUUUUUCUUUUGGCAAAACAACAAACACUGUGGAUCUUCUCAUGGUUGAAUAGUUUUUCUAUUAAUUCAGUGUAGUUAUCUGUUCAAGUAUUA